AUCUCAACCUUCCGUUGCAUAAGAUCUCGUUUCUAAUUAUCUUUCCCCCCUUCACUCUAGAUUUUCCCUCCCAGUGGUUUUUUUAUCACAUCAUCAUAAACCCUAGCGCCUCCAUCUCUUCCUCCCCUCUAUCUCUUCUCAAAAAACAAGAUUUACGUGAAACCCCAUAACCAGGUUUUCUCUCUCUUCAAUUUCUAGAGAGAGGCUCAUCUUUUCUUUAUAGAAAUUUCCCCUCUUCGUCUCUAUCUUUUUAAAGAACCAAGAUCUUUGUGUGUGUUUUUUAAGUAUUCUGUGGAUGUAAUUUUAGUUUUAAUUUGGAGUUGAACGAUCUUUGUUAGUGAAAUAUUGUCUUACUUUUCUCAGUUAUUGUUUACUAUUUACACUGUUGUAGUUAUCUUUACUAGUUUUCUUCUUUUGUAAGUAAAACGUAAAUUAUAAAAAAACGUGUAGCCGAGUCAAAACGGUCUGGGUUACUCUAGUUUUCCCGAGUUGCAGAUUUUGUUUGUAUGUGUGAGUUUCUUCACUUAUGGGUAUGGAUCUGCUUCUUAGAUGGAGGGUCAUCCGUUGGAUGUCUAUUUGUUAACGUUCUGUUGUAUUUCACGAGGUGGUUGGUUCUUUUGGACUCAUCCGAGUCGACUCGGUUACAAAGUCAACUCGUUGGGUUUGGGGUAGGAAGAGCGUGCGACCUGUGUUUAUCUCCGGGCGGCGAUGCCUUCGGUGGGGAUGAAACGGAGCACACGAGUUUGCGGUAUGAAGAGCUCGGAUGCCAGGGUUCUUCGUUCCGGGCGGCAAGUCCGGCUAGAUUCCGGCGAAGUAAAGCCCAAGAGGCGCUUCAACGACGGCGUUGAGUUCAACAACUCGGUGAAAAAGAACCCAAAGAGUGAAGUACCUAAGUCUCGUGCAGACGUAAAUAAGAAACCCAAAAGACCGGGCCACGAAGAGAAUCCAAAGAAACGGUCCGGGAAAGUGAAAGGUGCAGCCAAAAACAAUGGCGGCACUGUAGAUAAGAUGUUUGGGAUUGUUUAUUCUAGAAAAAGGAAGAGAAACGCUGUUCCAAAGUGUCAUCUUUCCGAAAAUUCGGAGCUGAAGACUCCGAUUGGUUCUACCGUUCUCGAAACCGAUAAACUCGUGAGCAAAGUUGCUUCGCAUCCAAUGUUUAGAGCUUCGAAACUAACACUUCGAAGUAGUAUUCAGAAAAGGAGGAGUUCACUGAGGAAAAUGAGAGCUAGAGACCCUAUUUCUAGUGGAGCUCUAAUGUCUGAUUUGAUAAGUAGCAGGAGAAAUGGGAUUCCUUUUUCCUCCGUAGUUUCUAAAAACAAGCUUAGGAGAAAUUCGGACUUGAGUGAUGUGAGGUCCUCGAUAUCGGAUUUAAAGCCGAAGUUAGAGUUGGAGUCGGAUUCAUUGCAAUGCUCUGCCAAUGUAUUGAUCAUUGAACCUGAUAGAUGUUACAGGGAAGAAGGAGCAAUUGUCACUUUAGAGCUCUCUGCAUCAAAAGAGUGGCUUCUUGUAGUGAAAAAGGACAAGAAGACUAAGUAUACACAGAAGGCAGAUAAAUCUAUGAGGCCACCAUCAGUCAGUCGCUUCACACGUGCUAUGAUUUGGACCGGGGAUGAUACCUGGAAGCUGGAAUUCCCAAAUCGGCAAGAUUGGAUCCUUUUCAAGGAUCUUUACAAGGAAUGCAAUGAGCGCAAUGUGCCUGCUUCAACUUGUAUAGUGAUCCCUGUGCCUGGGGUUUGUGAAGUAUCAGGGUAUGACUAUGAGGGUAAACCCAGUGUGCCGUUUCGAAGACCGGAUUCUUAUAUCUUGUUUGAUGGUGAUGAGCUAUCAAGAACCUUGGCAAAGAGGACUGCUAACUAUGACAUGGAUUCAGAAGAUGAGGAAUGGCUAAAGAAGUUAAAUAAUGAGUUUGGUCAUUGUGAGCACCUUUCGGAGGAUUGUUUUGUGUUGAUGGUUGAUGCUUUCGAGAAGGCAUGUUUUUGUAGCCCAGAUGAUCACUCAAAUGUGAUUGCUGCUGCUGCUGAUCUGGGUAUUAGUGGAGUGGUUGAAGCUGUUCAUGCUUACUGGUUGAGAAAAAGGGAUCAAAGGCGAUCACCACUGCUUAGAGUUUUCCAGGUUCAUCAGGUCCAGAAGGCCCCCGUAGUUCCACAGCCUUUCCUACGUAAAAGGAGGUCAUUUAAGCGUCAAGCAAACCAAGCAAGAGAGAAGCAACCGAGUUUGUUGCAAGCCAUGAUAGCUGCAUACGAUGCAUCAGUAGAAGAGGAUGUGAUGGUUAAGGUGGAAGAAGCUAGAGCUGCCGCAAUGAGUUCGAUCGAAUCAGCUAUUGUGAGACGCCAGCAUGCUCAGUUGUUAAUGCAAAAUGCUGAUAUGGCUACGUACAAAGCUAUGAUGGCACUCAGAAUUGCCGAAGCUGCUAGUCUAACCGAAUUGUCGGAAGAUUCAGUCGCCCACUUUUUGAUCGAUGAGGUGCCAGUAGUCAGCUAGUAGGACAAGAAUGGAUAUGAGUGGGGGGAGUAGUCUAAUAAAUAAUAAUGUAUAGCUUUUUAAUUUAAUUUGAAUGUACGUUGUGUAUUAUUAUGUUACUUGAUAUUAUACCAAAAUUGUUUUUUUUGC